AUCAGUGCUGCAGCCGCUAACUGUGCCCGCUGUCUGACGAUGGUAGACCGGAGAGACGGAUGGUCAGGGCCGUCCUCGUCUAACCUGAACAUGCUAGUGUGACUUCAUCCGUGCCCGUUUAAUAGUGCUAAAACCAGGUUUUACACAUUAAUUUAGCUUUAGCUAGUCAUAUAAGGUUUAUUUUAUUUUAUUUUUAAUAAUGGAGGACGACUGUGUUUGCGAGUACGACUCGACCUGGGACACAGAGAGUGACGGAGACGACCCGGCCGGAGAGAGCCAAACCCGUCGGUCAUGUCAAGACAAAAACAAAUCUGGCUGGACUUUAGUAACUUGGCAUCAUACGCCCAGAAACCUGAGGGCAGCAAAGGACAUGCAGAACUACAGAAGAGGAUAUCCAAAUCUCACAGACGACGAGUGCUCGGAAGACAAAAUGAACAAUUUGCAGUUUUAUCUCAAUAAAUUUCCUUCCUCUCCUGAUGACGUCUACAUUGAAUCAUUUCUUAAGGAAUGGAAAAAUGACUACAAAAGACUGGAGAGAGUUCACUCGUACAUUCAGUGGCUGUUUCCACUGCGAGAGCCGGGGGUUAAUUACAUGGCUUCAGAACUCACCAAGAAGGAAAUUGAGGCCUUCAAGAAGAAUGAGGACGCCAAAAAGAGACUAGUCGAGUCCUAUGAACUCAUGUUGGGCUUCUAUGGCAUCCGUUUGGUCAACAAAGAGACGGGGGAAGUGAAACGUGCAGAAAAUUGGAAGGAGCGAUUUGGAAACCUAGAGCGGAAUAUGCACAACAACCUGCGCAUCACUCGCAUCCUGAAGAGCCUCGGAGAGCUGGGCUUUGAGCACUACCAGGCCCCACUUGUACGCUUCUUUCUUGAAGAGACUUUAGUCAAGAAGACCCUUAGCAGUGUUAAACGCAGCGUGCUUGACUACUUCCUGUUUUCUGUCCUGGACAAAGAGAAACGUCAGGAGCUUGUGCGCUUUGCCUACCUUCACUUUGAGCCAAAGGAUAAGUUUGUGUGGUGUCCCAGAAAGAUUCAGAAACAAUUCAGGAAGGCAGAGAAGAGAUCUGAUGCUGUUGGGAAUGGAGAUGGAAAAGAUGAAGGGUAUUCACGGGGUAAAAGCAAAGAGGGAGAAGCAGUUGUGCAACAAAAAGAGGAUGGACUGGAUAAAGUUACUAAGGCUCAGAAAGGAACUGAUAAGACAGCAAGUAAAGACAAAAACAAACUGUCUGAGGUAUCCCCUGAGCCAAAAUCUGAAGCUGAGACUGUUGGCAAUGGAAAUGCAGAGGCUGAGACUAAUAAUGAAAUUUUGGGGAAUGGAAAUGACUCUACAGAUGAUGUUGAUGAAAUGGAUCAGACCCCCAGUCCCGACACUGUGAUGGCAAAAACCGAGCCCUGUGCAGACAGUGAACAUAAAUCAACCAACGACUCGAAGGACACCAUCCAAGAACCAGACAACAUUAUGCAAACAGAUGGGGACAUAGACACUGAAAAACCACCGAAGAAGAAGAGAGAAGAUAACAAGGUGCUGCCAAGCAACGGCUCUGUUGGGGACUCUGCCAGUGGGCAGAUGGAGGAAAAACCUGCAGCUAAUAAAGCCACUGGUCAAACGAGCCCUUCAGCGCAAACCCCCCCUAAGACUUCAAAACAUUCUCCUUCUCUUUCUUCGGGAAGGGAGGAAAAAAUCCCAAGGACUGAUUUUAAUCAAGUGCCAGAUAAAAAGGAAGAGGAGGAAACGUUGCAGGCGAACGUGUCGGCGACAAAUGGGUCACUGACAAGCACUGACAAAGGUGUGGAUGAACAGACAAAUGGGAAGGAGUCGAAGGAUAUUGAUAUGGAAUCAAACCCUUCAAGCUCAGACCAAAAUGUGGGGAAUUCAUGAAUAAACUGGAUGAUUGGAGAAAAUACAUUAAUUUGGGCUUGAAUGAAAUGUAAUAUAGGGACAGAGUAUGACUUAAAAAGACUUUCUGGGCCUUAUUUCUACUAUAUUUGAUGUUUAGAUAUUGAUUCUUUUCACUUUGAAGGAGUUUAUGAAGUCAUUAACUUACUAAAUGUGGGACUGGAUGUGACAGUUUCUACAUGGCCAUCAGACAAUAUUAAAAGGAUAAGGCUGGUGAUAUUCUACAUUGUUGUUAUUGACAAGAAAUCCCAUGAAAAGGUCAAAAUAGGAGAUUCGAUGAGCUGCUGCGACCUGCGAGGCGAGGGCCACAUGACCGACAGACCCAACCAAAAGUCUCAAUAGCCUAAUUUUUGCUAUCCUUGCUAGCUUGUCUAUUUGUACUGGAGAAACUCAACUAUCCUUUGGAAAUGUAGUAAAUUUAGUGAACCUAUCGUGACGUCCCUCGUUGGUUUGUGGAGUACGGUUUUGAAGCCUUGAGUUUGUGAUUAUGGCCUAGCGACGAUCAAACAGUUUUUUUGGUGUGACAGAAUCUUGAUCAGCACGGCCUUGUCUUACAGUUUUGUGCGGUGCGCUGAAGCAUACCCUGCUUUAUCGUCUGUUUUACUCUAAAUGGGACCAUCAUUUUCAAAAUGAACAUCCAUCCAUGCUGUAUGGAAGAAGACUUGAAACUAGCAGUUGAGACCUUGAACUGAUUAGGAAACUGUUUACUGAGCUAAUAAAUCAAGUGAGAAGUUGGGUCAUUUCUCCAUAAGACUCAAUACUAUUGGGCUUCUUUUUUGUAGCCAUAAGAGAGAAUGCGCGUUAAAGACACUUGCAUAUUGGCUCUGUUUACUAAUUAUAUACUGUUAAUAAGGAAAAACACUGUGAAGAUUGUUAAUGAUGUUAAUGUUUAUUUAUUUACAACAUAACUUAUAGUUAAUCUGGUUUUGAAAACCACAUUUAAGGAUCCUUUCCAUAAAAGUUACAUUCCAAAUUCUUUAUCAGGGUUGUUUUAUGACAGAAGUUUAUUUCCCAGAUUCUUUAAUGUGUGCGUCUGUCGCCCAGCGGAAUACUUCCACCAGCUCUGUUCAGAAUAUCUGGAGAAAUAUCCCGUAAUGAAAAGUGCACAGCUCUCUGCAAAGUCAUUUUUCAUUUGUACUGAAAUGUGUCCAUUAUAACAUUUCUAACCUUUAUUAGCUGAAUCCUUUAUUUAGUAGCCCAGCUAACCCCGUGGGGUCACAUGGCCUUCGCCUUGCAGGUCGUAGCCGUCCAUCGAGAGUCUCCCACAAAAACCAACAGUGUGUUAGUCAAUCUCUCAGUACUUUCUGACUUCUCUACUCCUGUCUGUGGCUCUUAGCUCCAAAGUCUUUGCUUCCUAUUAAGGACAUGAAUCGUAAUAAUUUCACAACAAAUAACUUGUUUUUAUCAAAUGUUACUCAAACAGAAGUAAAUGUUGUGUUUGUUGGGGACUAUUUUCAGCUCUUAUAUUUAUUGUAGUGAAGGAACAUGUCAGCCAGUGCGACUGUGUGGCUCAUUGAUGUGUUUUAAUUGUUUUUGGAUAACAAUGUAAGAAUGUGACAAGGAGGAAUAAGCUACUAUACAUCCAGCUUUGGAUACACAGACAAUAUUUGCGAGAGAGUUAAAUAAAUUGUUGGUUUUGAUCUUUUCAUGGUGUUUGUUGACAAUAAGAAAAAUAUAGAAUAUUACCAGACUUGUCCUUUCAGUCAGCAACUGAUAUUUAAUAUCGCUACAGGAUAAAUAAAGCACUAUUAUUAAUGUAUAUGAAUGAAAUGAUGGUUUCAGCAUUUUCAACACCUAAAUACUUUAACGAUUGAACAUUUGUUUUGCACUGAAAAUUAAUUGGAAAAGCUUUGUUUUCCUUUUUGGGCUGUUUUUGUGUGAGUAAAAGCAUUCUGUACUGGUUUGUGUUUGCUGGUCCCUGCUGUUCAAAUGGAUUUAAGACUGAAUGUCACUUAAGCUAUGUUUCAAUAAUGUUGCACAAUCUGUGUGUUUUCAUGCAGAUUUGAGAAGUAAACUUUUGAACAAACUGAAGGCCUUGCCAAAAAUGUGAUGAGACUGGUUGAUUGUACAAUAUGUAUGUCUUCUGGGCGGAACUGAUAAAGCAUUGGCUAUGAUUUAAAGUCCACUGUAUGUUAAUUUCACAUGGGUGCAAGCCAGGGUGAUUAUAUUGAUGCAUCUUUUUCUAUUUGCACUUCAUUUUCUCUAUUAAUUGCUAAAAUUAUGGUAUUUACAUAAUGAACUGGUAAUAACUUUACAAAAGUGCUGAAUUCUUUAUAUAUGACUUUUUUUCCCCCGACUAAAUACCUGGCUGUUGACAAAACAGAAUAAAGUUAUACUAUUUUUUGACGCUUUUAUGAAAUUAAUCUGUGUUUAGCCAAAGUAUAAAUCCUGUUACAGUUUAUUAAAUUGCACUUCUCAGGAUAACACUGGUAGAUGUCAGCUUUUGCUCCUAUUCCUGAGACUUGUCUUUGAUUUCCCAGUGCAGCAGCACAGUCAGAAAUAUCUGUCUUUGUCUCCAGCAAACAGACUGAGCCUCAGUGACAUGACUCACAACAGAGGGAAGAGAAAGGGAUCUUAGAGAUAUUGAUGCAACACAAUUUGUUCAGGCCUCAGGAUCAGUGUGUAGUCGAGAGUGUGAGUAAGGAUAGUGAAACAAAAAUAUAUAUAUGCUGUUGGAGUUGAAGCUUGCUGUUUGUUAUUUCAUAUUGUCCAUGCCAGCCUCGAUAUCUACCCAUAUAGAUCUCUCCCUGUUUGGAACGUUAUAAAAAUAAAGCGUUAAACACU